AUUUCCAGACGUUUAGUUUCACCGAAUUGUCGUUGGGGUUGCCAGGCGACACGGAUAACGGACGUUUGGUUGGGUUCUAAAACCUUCGGAGGUGCAAACUUUCAACAGAUGUAAUGGCAGCCCCAAGGAAGCGUGCCUUGCCCAAACCCCUCCCAGAUGACUUCAUACUGACAGACACUGAGAAAAAGAAAUGGAGGUUGGGGAAGAUCAUCGGUCAAGGAGGCUUUGGACUGAUUUAUCUGGCCUCCCAGGAUAUAAACAAGCCUGUUUCAUCAGACACAGACUUUGUCAUAAAAGUGGAAUAUUAUGAGAAUGGCCCCUUGUUCUCUGAGCUCAAGUUCUACCAGAGAGCAGCCAAACCAGAGAGCGUGGAAAAAUGGAAGAAAGGAAAGAAGCUGAGCUUUCUGGGUAUCCCAACGUACUGGGGAUCAGGACAGGCUGAAUACAAGAACCUUCGAUACCGUUUCAUGGCCAUGGACCGGCUGGGUUGUGACCUUCAGAAAAUCUGUGAGCACAACGGAGGUCGGCUGAAGAAGAGCACCGUAUUCCAGCUUGGCAGAAGACUGGUGGAUGUUCUGGAGUAUAUUCACGAAAACGAGUAUGUCCACGCUGACAUCAAAGCUGCCAAUCUCAUGUUGGGUUACAGAGACCCGGAAAAGGUUUACCUUGCAGACUAUGGACUCUCGUAUAGAUAUGCCCCUGAUGGUUUCCAUAAAGAAUACAAGGAAAACCCAAAGAAGGGCCACAACGGAACUAUUGAGUACACCAGCCUUGAUGCCCACAAUGGAGUUGCGCCUUCAAGACGUGGUGACCUCCAGAUCUUGGGGUUUUGUCUUCUUCACUGGUUAUGUGGGUCACUACCCUGGGAUGACGUCCUCAAAAACCCCAUGAAGGUGCAAGAGGCCAAAAUCAAACUGUUGGAUAAUCUGCCAGACUCGGUUCAGCAGCUGUCAGUGAGUGGAGCCAGCACAGAUGAGUUAGCUGAGUUUCUGAUUUACGUGAGAACUCUGGACUAUGACGAUAAGCCUGACUACAAGCUUCUUAAAGAGCUGUUGAAGUGUAGUGUCAAAGGAGGACUUGACCUAUCUAUGCCUGAAGGUCACCAAAGGUCAGCCGCCAAGGAGUCUUCUAAAAGAGAUAAGAAAGGAGGAACAGCCAAAUGGUCAUCCAGACUCAAGCUGAUGACUCCAGAGCUGGAUGAUGGAGAACCGGAAAGCCCAAAGUCCAAAUCGGUGUCAGCGCGCCACAUACGGGGCCCACCCCUCACUAAAUCUAGUGAGAACAAAGAGGUUUCUCCUGGAAAGUAUUUUCUGAGGCCGAGGCUCGAAUGUACGUAUGAAGAAAAAGAAGACAGUGAGGAGGAGGAGGAGGAUGAGAAAGAGGAGGAAAGAAAGCAUGUCAGAUCCAAAUCUAUUUCUGCAUGCUACCUGAGAGGUCCUCCCAUUGGCCCUGGAGAUCAGCCCAAACAGAGAACUAAAUCCAAAAGACCUGACAACAAAACAGACGGGCAGACCAGGACCAUGGCGAGACGAGAACAUCAACGCAGCCUCCAUGGCGGGGCACGGUAUGACAGGGAGAGACAGAUGCAUGAUGGGGAUUACAGAGAAUGCUGGGACGAAAAGCCGGAUCAGAAUGGAGGGCAGCACUACCAUACCCAUUCAAAGUACAGCCAGACCAUGUCAGAGUGCAAACCUGCCACCGUACAGAGAAAGUCCUGGAAGUCCAGGUUUGUCUGUGUGGGAUUCAUCCUUCUGGCGGGAGCUGCUUUAUUGUUCGCCGAAGUUCAAUUCAAUAGCAUAAGUGACUUAUUUAGCAGGUAGAAGGUAAUUUUCUUUUCAUGCUGCUCCUCAGGUCUUCUGGGCAGCCAUUUUCACUGUAAUAGGCUGAAAUACAAAGAUAUGCAUCA